CUUAAUGAGCAAGACAAAAGAUAUGAAAAAGAUAUGCAAAUUCAUAAUUAACUAACUAAAUAAUAAUAAUAAUAAUCGUAUCAAAACCCCUUCUGCUCCGGUCGAUUCAACACCGCCUGCUCCGGUCAAUCAAACCCUUUCUGCUCCGGUCGAUCAAACCCUCAUGCUCCGGUCGAUCAAACCCCUUCUGCUCUGGUCGAUUCAACAUCGCCUGCUCCGGUCGAUCAAACCGCCUGCUCCGGUCGACCAAACCCCCUCCUGCUCCGGUCGAUCAAAUCCCUCCUGCUCUGGUCGAUUCAGCACCGCCAACUCCGGUCGAUUCAACCCCGCCUUCUCCAGUCUAUCCAACCCCUUCUGCUCCGGUCGAUCAAACCCCUCCUGCUCCGGUCGAUCAAACCCCUCCUGCUCCGGUCGAUAAAACCCCUCCUGCUCCGGUUGAUAAAACCCCGCCUGCUCCGGUCGAUCCAACCCCGCCUCCCGAGGAGAAGGUGACUGCACAGGAAAUGCGCGACGCGCUCUACAACUUACCGUGGAGUUCGAUUUUCGCUCCCUAUCCUCAUAUUGAAUAUCAAGGAGGAACGAAUUUCAUAUAUUGUGAUAGUUCUUCCACUGAUGGCAGUAGUAGUGAAGACGAUGACGUAGCUCCAGUUGUUGACUUGGCGAACCAUCCUGAACUCCCAUUAUGUGAGACCGGGCCUUCAUCUCCGGUUCUAUCACCCACGGAAAGGGCCGAUGCAGAAAAGCCGCUUAAUCUUGAUUUCUUAUUUUGUACAUAUCUGUUUAAUCGUGUCUUUCCUUUUUGGAAGCGGUUAUGUGAGACAGGGCUUUUAUCUCAGGAUCAUUCACCUCCGGAAGGGGCCGUACCCGAAAAUCUAUCCGAUCAUUUAUGUGAGAUCGGGUCUUCAUCUCCGGUUCUUUCACCUACAGAAGGGGCCAUUGCAGAAAAUCUACCCGAUCAUGUAAUAGUCCCAAGGGAAUGUUAUAUACUUUGGGGGAUUGUCUGUGUUUUUGUGAUGACGAACCAUCAGAUGAACUUGAGUACGAUAAUGUGAUAUGGUUGUUGAAGGACUAUGAAGAAGUUGAGAAAGGUUGGUGCGAGGUACAUGCCAUGAUCACGCGAGGACCUUAUACAUGUUUCUUCAUCCAUCAUCGUUAUUUUGGUCAUGGUUACCACAAACGUCAUCGGCCUAUCAAAGUUUAUUGGAAUGGGUACAUGUUGAUGUUAUAUAAUAAGGAGCGCUUUUUAUACUACUCCAAGCGGAAGACAAAGUCUUGAAGAAAUUGGUUUGUUUGGUAAAAUGGAUGAUGAUUGUUUGUAUAUCAAUUCCAUUCUUCCUCUCACUCAAAAGACACUAUGGUAUGAAGAAUGUAAUAUCAUUUUAGUUAGUCCU